AUGAAGUCUUCCACAUAUCAAGCAAUCACGGUGAAUCACCAUCUUUCAGAUCAUCUGGCACAAAGAUUGGAAUUACAGACGACGGAAAUCCCUGAAAAAGAAAAAUAUGAGUUCAUUCGAAUUAUCAAUGAAAAUAACACUUACCAUUUUCGAGAGCGAUUGAAGAAUGUUGACUGGGAAUUCAUCAAAAAUAUGUCGGCUCCGUUAUCGUGUAAUGGUUUCCAUAAGGCAGUUACUGAUACAUUCAAUCAGUGCUUCCCUGAAAAAAGAAUAAAAAUAAGAAGUGUGCCCCCAAAGAAAUAUUGGGAAAGACCGGAGAUAAUAGAACUAAAGAAAAAAGUAGAUGCAGCACACACAAUUUUUUCAGUUGAAAGGAAUGAAAACACGGAAAAAUUAUACACGAAAUUGAAACAUCAACUGACACAACUUAUUGAAAGUACAAUAAAAACGGAAAAUACACAGAUUUUGAAUGAGUCGAGCAAUAAAAAUCGUGCAAUCUGGAAAUUCAUUAAUUCUAAAAUAAAAGGAAAAACAAAAACAAACAACGCAAAAUUACUGUCAGAGGAAGAUUUCAGUGUAUAUUUUUCAACAAUAGCAGAAAAAGUGGGUAGACAAGACAGUGCCCCAGAAACGAGCGAUGACUUUUUGAAGAAGAAAAUAAUCAGAAAUCCCAAAUCAUUUUUUCUAACUCCGACUACACCCGAAGAGGUCAAAAGAGCCGUGUCUGAAAUGAAGAAGAAAACAUCAAGGGACAUAUAUGGUUUCUCAGUAAGUUUACUGAAGGAAGUGAUUGACUACCUAGCAGAUCCUCUAUCUGAACUCAUAAAUUCCUGCUUCCAAAAGGGUUAUUUUCCAGAUGAGAUGAAGUUGGCAAGAGUUAUACCAAUUUAUAAAAAAGGAGACCAAGAACUGUGCCACAAUUAUAGACCAAUAUCACUAUUACCAGCAAUGUCAAAGAUAUUUGAGUCUCUCAAAAAAUCUAGAUUGGUCUCAUUCCUGGAAAGUCAUUCGUUGCUGAGUGAUCAUCAGCAUGGAUUCAGGAGGAGUGGGUCUACUACCUCUGCUCUGGUGCAGAUAAUUGAAUUCGUCUUGCAAUCGUUGGACGAUUCAGAGGAGGCAAUACUAACUUGUAUGGACUUGACGAAGGCUUUCGACUGCGUCAACCAUGAAAAACUUUUAUCCAAACUGGAGUAUAUCGGAAUCAGAGGCCAAGCAUUCGAACUUUUUCGAUCAUAUCUGCUAAAUAGAUAUCAGAUAGUAGAUGUUAGUGGAAAGAAAUCCUCCAGGAGAUGUAUUGCUACUGGUAUUAUUAUUAUUAUUCCAGGACUCAGCGGAGCUUUUCAUAUGCUCGACAACUAUUUUCUUAUGUCUGCUUCCAUUCCUAUAAGUAAAUCGUGGAAGGACAACGUCUUCACAGUUUACAAUAACACCGAAGCCCAGAUUGAGAAUUCAAGCGCGCUUUGCUUUACGGAGUUCCUUGAUUCUGGAAUUAAGGAUAAUCCUCAGCUUUGA